AUGUUGCCUCCGGUGCCAAAUGCUGCCGACUUUGGAAUCACUUCCGACUAUGGUUUCCUCUCCCCAGAACUUCCCCUCGAGGUUCUCCCCGAUCCUUAUUAUGCAGAUUGGGAGAUGAUUAUAGGGAAUCUCCAGCCACUAAUAUUGAGCAAACGUCUACAAUCUAUGGUGGAUCAUCUCCCUAUACUGUCUGUUACACACCUACGGACCGAGGCUGAGUGGCGUCGCGCCUAUGUCGUACUGGUAUUCAUACUGCAUGGCUAUGUCUGGGGUGGCGAUUCGCCCACAGAGAGGAUUCCACCUCAACUUACAGUGCCCUUAUUUGAAAUCUGUGAACGACUCGAAUUACCCCCCGUUGCUACCUAUGCUGGAGUCUGCCUUUGGAAUUACAAGCCAAUCUUCUCCGACGAGCCAGCCACCAACCUGGAUAACCUAGCUUGCCUGCAAACCUUCACUGGAUCUUUAGAUGAACAAUGGUUCUACCUAGUCUCAGUUGCCAUAGAGGCACGUGGGGCCCCUUCUAUCCCCCUGAUGCUGCGGGCUAUCACCGCAGCCCGCACAGGAAACAGUCAUAUUGUAACCGAGUGCCUGCAGCGGCUAGCGGAAACUAUCGAUGAGACCAACACGCUGCUGCAGAGGAUGUAUGAAAAUUGCGAUCCAUAUGUCUUCUACAACCGCAUACGCCCUUAUCUAGCUGGAAGUAAAAACAUGUGUGACGCUGGAUUGCCAAAUGGGCUGCUGUACGACGAUGGCCGCAAUCCCGAGUACCGGCAGUAUGGGGGUGGCAGUAAUGCACAGAGCUCGCUCAUCCAAUUCUUCGACAUCGUCCUCGGAGUGGAACACCGACCAACUGGUACAAGCCGCAACGAUAAAGAGCAAAGCACCGAAGACGGCAUCAAAUCACGAAACAGCUUCAUCCACGAAAUGCGCACCUACAUGCCUGGCCCACACCGGCGAUUCCUUGAGCAGAUUGACUCGGUAGCCAACAUCCGCCCCUUCGUCGAGGCGCGACGCGGAGACUCAGCCCUGUGCAUUGCUUACGACUCAUGCCUAGCCAUGCUGCGUGUUCUCCGCGACAAACAUAUUACCAUAGUGUCACGCUACAUUAUCCUGCAGUCCCGCAGUGCACGCCAGCCUUCUCAGUCUACCAAUCUCAACCCGAGUCUUCCAGCAGCGACCAACCUUGCAACUGCAGCCCCGACCGACAAGAAAAAAUUGCGUGGUACUGGUGGCACGGCACUCAUUCCUUUCCUGAAGCAAGCUCGAGAUGAAACUGGCGAGCCUGCCAUUGAUGCCUGGGCACGACGAUUGCUGAGUAAUGGCCCUGCAGAUAAGAACUUUGCUUCGUUGAGCAAAGUUGGGGAACAACCAGAUGGUCAUCUUGAGGUUGUCGGUCUCUGUGGCACAUGGACAGCUGAUGAAAACGAAGGUGGGAUCUGUCACUGGUAA